GUUCCUUAGUGCCUCUUUUUUUACAUUUCCCGCAACAUGUGUUGAGUUGUGUUUGAUGAGAGUAGCUUGAGCACUUUUAGCAGCCAGAAAAUGCCAAAACGAACAUGUCCUUUUCCCGAAACCUUUUCCUCUCAGUACAAAAUACACAUCGGACAACAAGAGUUGAACAAAUAUGGCGUAAAUGGGACCAAAUACAGGCAAGAAAUAUAUGAAAAGACAAAGGACUUGCUCUUCAAUGGUGCUAAAGUUGUAAUGGACAAAAUCUGGACAGGAGAGAAGUGCGCAGACUCGCAGCCCAGUGGACACACAUCUGCAUGCAGCCAGACCCUCCUGAGAGGACAGACACUUAUUGGACAAGAUGGAAGACUCACUAAAACAAGUGCUGCACAAGGUGCACCAGCAGCUUCCACAGCCUGCUGUGUGUGCCAGAAAAACCAGGGCUCCAGGGCACCGUGUUCCCAGUGUGACCGACUAGUCUGCUCCUCUUGUACCCGACAGUGUUCCAGCUGCUCCAGCUUCUGCUGCUCGGUCUGCACCAUCACAGAUUACAGUGGGCGAUAUGAUGAAGUUCUGUGCUGCAGCUGUUCACCGUAAAACACGACCAACUGAGGAAUCGGGAGCUGAUCAUGUAUAAAAGCCUCAUGAGAUAAAGCCUACAUUUUAUAUUCUUGUUUUUUUGUUUCGUUUCAAAUGAUCUCAUGUAUAUACGUCUAAUAAUGAACUCAAAUAAACUUUUGGAUACAGUU